UCUUCCAUCAACUGCUCCUAUCCCAUUAUCUGUGCUCCUUCUACAACUGCAGCUUCAUAGCAAUCCUUGUCCAUCCCAUCCGCCAUGCCCACGAACGAUGAGACUCCCCCGCCUCCAACUCCAAUCCCAAGACCACGCCGUCCCCCCACGCCCAGAAAGCCUCGUUGGCUGUUCCCUGCCAGAGAGCUCACAGAAAACCUGACCGAACCACAUGGCACUUUCAUCCUGCCUAUUCCCGACAAAAUUCGUUUCGUAUCCAGACCCGACCCGGGCAACCACCCUCUAUCCUGUCACACGGUCUUUUUCAACCUCCCCCACCCGUAUUUGACAUCUGAAGGGGUGAUUAUUGUCCUCCUUCAGAUGUGCAAGCGCCGAGAAUACGUUGUCGGAUUGCCACCCUCUAGUCAAAGUGGACUUUGCUUUGCUAUUGAUCUGAAGGGUUAUUUUUUUGAUGAUUCGGACAUUCAUACUGCAACUGGGAUUCAUCUGAAAGGUAUUCUUGCUAUGGUCAUGGACGAGGUGCUGGAAUUCAAUUGGCCCUUGACGCGGCGUGUUGAGGUGAAUUGAUGUUUCUGGCUUUGUUUUGUAUUGGUUUGGGUUAUGUAUCUCCAUACAUUGUCUUUGUAUCGUUGAACUUUAGACUCGCUUUCAAAAUAAUUGAUAAG